AUGCCCUCGGAAUCGGAAAAAGGAGAUGAUGUAAGACAUUUGGGGCCACUGGACUCGUGGAGUGCAUUUCCAUUUGAGAGCCACAUGGGCACCAUCAAGAAGCUUCUGAGAAAGCCGCAGCACCCACUGGAGCAACUGUCAAACAGAAUUGCUGAAACAAAGAAGCUUCAGUGCAGAAAAAAAAUGACUGUAAGCAGUUCCCCUCUGCUCACUGUACAACAUCAAGAUGGGCCUCUUGUGCCUCUUUGCCAAGGGCCACAGUUCAAAAAAGUGACGUUUCCGGAAGGAAUUGUCUUAGACACUAGUAGGAGGAAUAACUGCUGCAAGCUCCUUGAUGGAAGUGUAGUUGUGGUGGAGAACUUUGCCCAUAAUGCACAAGGAACAUAUGAUGCAGUGCGACAAAAGCUCAAGCAAGCUGAAGAUGGGUCAGACUUGGGGAGUGAAGUGGACCUGGGACGGGGAAAAAGCAAAAAGCAACGAAGAGCCCUUAGCUCAAGUCCGGAAAGUGUGCAGCGACUACCACUUCCACCGCCCUCUAUGAUGAAAAAAGCACAGAAGAGGGAUGGGAGACGUAUUCACAAGCAGUCAUCACAUGCAUCAACAUCUAGGGCUAAUGAUCCCAAUGUUUGCAGUGAUCAAGGCGCAGUGCAAUGUGCACAAAUGUGUGCUAGCGAGACUUCAGAAUCUGAGGGUGAGGCUGAGUCUGGAGGUGAACAAGAUGCAAUGCAAGAAUCAUCAGGCAUUAAAAGAUCGUUCACAGCUCACUCUUUGAUGAAAAGAGCAAGCCAAAUGGGAAAUACACAGUGCAACAAUGAGAAGUGGCAUUCAAGUCAGUCUGUUGCACCUAUUUCAGAUGAUGGCAUUAAGCAGGUCAUCAGGCUUCUACAAACGGUAAUCUUGAGAGUCGAGCACCUGGGAAGCCAACUAGACGUAAUAAAAGCAAAGCUUUGUGACCAACAACUGCAGCCUGAAGCAGAUUUGUUAGAAAAACCAUUUUGUGACAUCACGGAGUUCGAACUGUUUGAUCAAGGCCUCUCAGAAAGUGAUGCAAUGAAGUCAAAGUUGGUACGGGAACUCGCUGCCUUAGGAGGAAGAAAUGUUAGUUUGUCUACGCGUCUCAUUCUUGAAGCCCUGAUGACCCAGGAAGUGGCUGUUCAAUAUAGUUGGCUCGGACAAAAAGGAAAGAAGUUCGUGUCGUUGACAACCUGCGACUUGAUAUAUAAAAGUGUUAAGUGCACAUUUGAAACUGUAAAAAGAAGUGAAGUUGAGGACGUUGUAAAAACGUGGCUCAGACACGCUGGGGAGAAGCUUAGAAAGAAUAACAAACAGUCUGAAAAAGUCACAGAGCUGCUGGAGUGACAACGCAGGCCUCACUGAAGUGCAGCAUGUUUCUACCACAGCACGGAGGACUUUUUUUCCACAUUUUGCUGUUUUAAUGAUAAUUUCGUCAUUAUAA